UGUGCGUGCGUGCGUGCGUGCGUGCGUGCGUCAGAUAUAAGGUUCAACUGAUAAAAUUCGAUUGAUAUUAAUUGUUACUUAUUGGAGACAUAUUGAACAUUUGCAUUUUCAGUACUGCUCGGAAUACUAAACUAUUAAGUUUACGUAGUGUAAACAGUGAUUAUUUGUUUUUCUUCACAAAUUUGAUCAAUCAUUAUUGAUCAAGCUCUCACGUGGUCGAUCGACGUAUUAUUAAAAUUGCGCCUUAUAUACAAAGUUGUGUACUUUAAUAAACAUUCAGUGGUGUUACAAAUCUAAAAAGAGUUAAAAAAAAUCGACGAAAAUGACGACGAUGAUACCUAACGUGAAUGACAUUAAACUAAAAGCUUUAGAAGCUUUUGCUAAGGAAUUCGGUGAGAAUGCAGAUGUCUGUGUUUGUGCACCUGGACGAGUGAACUUGAUCGGAGAACAUACUGAUUAUAACGAAGGUUUCGUUUUACCUAUGGCUUUGCCUAUGAUUACAGUCAUAGCUGGAAAAUAUAGUAAUAUGACAAAGUGUAGGAUUAUUUCUCUUCAUGAGAUAGUUAGUUCUGAAAAACAAGUCGAGUUUGAAAUAGUCUCUCGUGAGAAUUUAAAACCAGGAGAACCAAAAUGGGCUAACUAUGUAAAAGGAUGUAUAGCAUAUUUUAUGAGCGAUGUAUCAGCUUUUAAUGCUGUAAUUGUGUCAUCUGUACCAGUUGGUGCUGGUCUUAGCAGUUCAGCUGCUUUAGAAGUUGCUACUUAUACAUUUUUGGAGACAUUAACUGGUAUAAAAUCGAAUAAACUAGAAGAUAAGGCAUUGGCAUGUCAACGUGCUGAGCAUGAAUUUGCUGGAGUUCCCUGUGGCAUUAUGGAUCAAUUUAUUUCUGUGAUGGGGAAAGAAGGUUACGCUCUUCUUCUUGACUGUAGAGACCUUAAUACCAAACAAAUACCUAUGUCGCAAAUAAAUGAUUACCUUUUUCUUAUUACUGAUUCCAAUGCUCCUCAUAAAUUAAGUUUGAGUGCAUAUUGUGAACGUAGAGAUAGUUGUUAUGCAGCUGCAAAGAUGUUGAACAAAAAAAGUUUGCGCGAAGCGUCUAUAAAUGAUAUUCAAGUUUUACAGUCACAGAAUGCAUCUGAAAUAAUGAUAAAAAGAAGUCGACAUGUAGUGACAGAAAUUCAAAGAACAGUUGAUGCUGCAAUUGCCCUUGAAAAUGGAGAUUUUAAUAAAUUUGGACAGUUAAUGAACGAAAGUCAUGAUUCAUUAAAAAAUGAUUAUGAAGUUUCUUCUGUAGAACUUGAUACCUUGGUAUCGGCAGCAAGGGAAGUAAAUGGUGUUUUAGGAAGUCGUUUGACUGGUGCAGGAUUUGGGGGUUGUACAGUAACGUUACUAAAAAAGGAUGUAAUCACUCAAGUCAUUGAACAUAUAAAGGCCAAAUAUCCUGGAAAUGCAACAUUUUACAUUGCAAAACCUGCAAUGGGAGCAAGAGUACUGAAAAUAAAUUGAAUGGUAUAUUAAUGAAUAAAAAAUAAAACAUUAUUUAAUUUUACAUAGCAAGAGUGUAUAUAAGAAUAUAAAUCAUGAUAGUUGACUGAAAACUCUGGAAUAUUUUUUUUUCGUAUUUGCAUUAAAUAGUUUUUAAUUUCAAAAAGAAAACAGCAUACUUUCAAAACAUAUGUACACUAGUACAAUUAUACUCAAAUCUUUAAUUUGGUAUAACAUAUCACUUACUCUAAAUACUGACAAUAUUUUGUAACGUUUGUUAACAUCUUUUGAAUAAACAUACACUCGUAAAACAUAUGCCAAAAAUACUAAAAUGUAACUACUAUACGUGUAACUAAAACUACAAAUGUAACUAAAUAUACAUGUAUGAUAAUGUACAUGUAUAAAAAAUAUGUAAAAUACUAUAGGCAUACAUACAUAUACGAGUUGUUUCAUUUAACUUGACCAUCUUAAUAUCAUUCUUAGUUUUAAUAAUAAAAAAAGUGUUGCAAGUUGAAAUCAUUUAUUUUGGAAAAAUUAAUGUUACAAUUAACUAAAUUCUUAUAAAAAAUACCCAUUUGUGUUUUUAACAUUAUUGAUAUCGCUUUUUUAUAGUACUGAUAUUCAUAUUGUGCUUUUAUUAAUAUAGGUAAUAAAAAGACAAAUUGUAAAAAAUAUGUUGAUCUUUAAAUGACCUGAAGGUUAGGAAAUUAUUAUAUACAGAGGAAAAUAGCAACCUUGUACAUUUUUGAUUUUUGCUUAAUUUUACCUUUGCAAGACCAGAGGACAUACAAAUACGAAUUUUACAUGGAUUUCUUACUGUCAUUCUAUAGUGAUAGAAAAAUAUCAGAAAAUCUUUAGUUUAUUGAAUUUGAAAACUUGUCGAAGCUAAUGAAAAAGAUACAAAAUUUCCAACUUUGUUUAUUUUCUUACUUUUGGUCGUUUGAAGGUCGAUUUCAUUCUUGAUUUGCAACAUUAAUAUGAUAACAUCUUAUUACUAGUUAAUGAUUUUGAAAACACAUAUAGAAAUAAUCUCAAGAAAAGAAAUAGUUAUAUAUUUCUUCAAAACAUAGAACUUCUUUCUGCUAAAGUUUUUCAUACCAUCGUUGGUAAUGUAGAUAUUAAGGUGGUCAAGAUAAACGUAAUAUCCUACAUACCAAUAGCAUACUUAUACAAUAUGUAUAUACAGGGUGUUUCCAUAUAUAUGGGACCUUUUUGAGAAUCAUAUCUUUACAUAAAUGUAAAUCGAAAAGUCGUUUACCAAUUUGCGAACUACGGCUUCGUUGUCGAGAUAUAAGCAGUUUGCUUCCGGCGCGUCCGCAACAUGUAUUUACAUACACAGGUGAAACAGUCACUGAUGCACAUUCACUGUUGGAAAAUGAUCUAAGAGCCCGCAAACAGGCCACUGACCUCGUACUACCUGGUCUAGAGACUCACAGGUCAUUUUCAAGCAGUGAGUGUUCAUCGGUGUGUAUUUUUCCUUUGUCAAUGGAUAUACAUGCGUGGCUGCACGAACAGCUGAUCGGGCUUCACAUCGCUUGCCGGAAGUCACACCUGCAAAUUUCUACUACUUAUAUCUUGAUAACGAAGCUGCAAUUCGCAAAUUGGUAAAAGACUUUUCGAUUCGUACUGGUGUCAGGUCCUUAAUCCUCCAAAAAAUGCUCACAUAUUAAGAAACACCCUGUAUACUAUAUGUAUACUUACAUUAAUACUUAUGCAUAUUAUGUACAAUUAUUAUACUGUAACUAAAACUAAAUCAACUGAACGCAUGAAACCACUGAGUGCCUAUCUUCACUUUACUAGCUACGUACACAAUAAAAAUUAAUUCAAAAGUUCUGCCAUUAAAAUAAAAUGGUGUUUUACAAAAUGAUUUACACUUUUUUCAUUUAAGUCGCAAAUAUAGAUGCAGAUAUGUAUGACGUAAAACUAGAAGUGCGGCCUGUGAUUGAGUUCAAUUAAUUUUGUUUCAAGUAUAAUCAUAUUUGAAUAAUUUUCUUCAAUACAACAUCGGUGUAUUACGAAUUUUCUUCAAAUUACAUUUUUCGUAUGUAUUUGAUAUUUACUGUACUAUAUAUAAUAUUUUUAAAUAAUUACUAGAGACGUUAGGUACUCUGCUUAUAGUAUUACUGUCUAUAUUAUCGUUCGUCAUGAUAUAAUACCGAUGCUUAUAAGGUAAAAGAGAGUAGUUGCAGGACGGAAUUUCCAUGAAUAUCUAAUAUAAGUAUUGUCAAUACCUGUUCGUAGUAGUUGUUAGAAUGUUGGAAAAUUCUGAAAACAGAUGAGUCUUUUAAAGAGUUUGUAAAAGUAGAUAUUAAAAAUGGGGCACAUGAUAUGUUUACCGUGAAUAGCUUGUAAAUUAUGUGUUGUAUAAAGAAUUGUUCUAAACAAA